AUGUCAAAUCUUUACAUUGAGAUCAAGAAGCCAAAGGUACCUCAACGAUCCUCUGGAAGGAUGCGCGAGGCUACGAGUGAUGCCGAGAGCCUAGAUGGCGCCUCGUGUUGCUCGAGCUCGGCCACUACAAACAGUGGCCUAUCGACCUUGGCGACAUCGACGAAGACUGCGAGCACAAGCCGAUAUACUAUUAGCUCUUCCAAGUCAUCAAAGCCGAUGCAGAGCACCGUGGAACGAAUCCAGUCUUCCAGCCCAGUUAGCAACCUGGAUCCUGCGGCUCCCCGACUAUCAAAAUUAUCAUCGUCCAACAAGCAGGGAGAAGACCCUCCAAAGAGAGCCAGCCAACUGAAUGCUCUCAACCCAGAGCAGUCGAGGCAGAGCAUCCACCUGUCGAAAUCUCCUCUUAAAGAACUUAUCGACCAGGCCAAGAGCAUGAAAAUCUAUGCUGUCGAUGCUCCCGUUGAGUCGCCAGCUCGCUCAUCAUCUCGCCGAGAGGGAGAACGCACUCGCCAGCCUUGCGAGAAGUCCGUCGAGAGUGAAGAAUUAUCCAAGCAUGACAUGGACUUAUCAUCACAUGACACGUUGGACCUGGCUGUUGAGGCUCCUCGGAAGCAGUAUCCACCGACCAGCUUCAGGAUGGAUACUGACGUGGAGCCAGACCCAAAGAAGAAGUACGCUCCUGGUUCUCCUCUACAUGCCCCCGACUUGGAACGCCUGCGCCUCGCGAAGGCUGCUGCUUCAAAGUCGGCAAAGGUGAAAACCACUGUUCUGGAGGUAGACACCUCUAUUAUUUCAUACCCACCAAGUGCUUCCCUACCCUCCGGCUCCGACAGGGGCGAUCCAAGACGUGGUCGCCGCAAGAGCCGGUCGCAGGGUACUUCUGAUAGAUCAGAGUGGUCUGGUCACUCUGUCGUGCCCGCUCAGCGACGCCGGCGCUCUUCGCUGCAAAGAAUGAAAGACGCCGCGGCACAUAUUGUUGACGACAUCAAGGAAGGCUCAGAGAAGAUUCGACAUUCCAUCGCUGCACGCGUGGACAGCACCUACCCGAAGCGCCAACCACACUCUUCGCAUACUGCUCCGAAUGCCUCAACGGCGUCUACGGCCGCCAAAUCCACGACCACCGAUACCCAGUCCUCUUUCGGCCAGUCGGAACCAUCCACCACCACGGUGUUAUCUGACGCUACAAACGCUGGAACGAAAGCCACCCUCCCAUCCGCGGCUGAAGUAUACGGAACGCCCACCUACUUCACCCUCUGCCCACACACCUCGCCACCAGCGCACACUCCCCUCAAUGCGCCUCUCCAGCGUGUGCGCCUCACCUCCAAGACGCUCGCCUACCCGACAUUUGCCCACCGUCAGCACCUGGUCAACCAGAAGCCCUUGACCAUCAACAUCAUUCCCGGCCGCUGUGCCCCUUGCGACCUGCACCACCACCGCGCCCUCGAAACCGAGUCCCUUCGCGCCUGGAACCGCAAGCACGAGACCUUCUCCCGCCGACUGCGCCAGCGAAGAACCGCGUACCGUAGCGAAUGGGCCGCCGGCAUGAGCAAAGACGCACUGCGCGCUGCAGGCCGCGAAAAGCCGAUCCGCGAUCUCGAAGCCAAGCUCGCCGAGGUCGAGAGGUGUCGUGAGGCGGACGUCAUUGCGAUCUGGUCUGGUUGGAAGGCCAAAUGGGGUGUUAGUCCCGCUGGUAUUGUGCCGCAAAGUGUCAGGGAGGAGUGGGAGGUGGGUCUGGCGGAGAGCCCUGUGAAAAGUAUCAAGGCGCCGUCGAGCGAGGAUGGAGCUGGAGCGAUCACGGGAGUGGGUUUCAUGCGCAAUGGGAGACAUGGUGGGCCGAUGGAUAGCGUGAGGGAGCCCGGACGCAUGAUGUUGAGUUGGGACGCGCCGGAGAAGAUGCUGCGGGCGUCGAAGGAUUGGGUCGUUGGGAUGGGCCGAGAGUUUAGUCGUGCGGAGCUGGAGCUGUUGGCAAGGGAGCCUUGGGAAGAGCAUUGA